AUUUGUCUUGCUUGACGCACGUUCUGAUUUCUUGCAGAUAUCCAGAACACGGAAUAAGGCAACAAAACACAAUAAUGUGGAACAAUUCUCGACGUGUAGGCUACAACCAGGACCCAACACACUGAUUUCCCCUUGUUCCGACCGACCGGGCCGCAGAACGGGACGCCGCACCACCCAAAUACCCAGAAGCCACCAGGCCUCUGCUGGUUAUGAGCAGGGGGUUGGGAGGGAGGUGUGGGGAGUUAACAAACACACCACCCACAGCUUUAUCGUAGCCCUCUCUUUCCUGAUUUUCAUUCCCCAUAUAUCCCCAAAACUAGCCUACUAAUAACAAAUACAGCAUUUGACUACAUACUGCAUUAGCAUAACACUAGCAUAACAUUACUACUAGCAUAACAUAACUAGGAUAGCAUUACUAAAAUUCUGUACUCGUGUUCUAUUGACAGUACUUACACGCUGCCACGCAUUAUAAUGAUAUACCUAUCAAUGCCUUCAAACAUCUAGCAGCAAAUGAUCAUUGGAAACUGCUACCAUAGCUUUGAGAGUACCCUGCAUAGAUCAGUCAUUCAACCUUUCCCACUUGUCAAGUGGUUUGAGGGCAGUGGUGAGGUACCUGUUGAGACACACACACACACUCAGGGACCAUGCUGAGCAUCCUGGCUGCUGGCUCCAUCUUCUUCCCGGGCCUGUUCCUGCUGUCUAAGAGAUGCCUGAAACACACCCCAGGCCUGGCCUUGAGCGAGGGAGACGCCACCAUAGUGUCUGCCAGGCUGGUGUCAUCCAUCCAGGCCAUCAUGGCUUCCUCAGCUGGCUACAUCAUCGCAUCCUCCUGUGAGGAUAUCAUCGAGGAUCAACACUGGCUUACCAGUACCUACAUCCUGUUUGCGGUGCCCUACUUUGCGUACGACAUCUACGCCAUGUUCCUGUGCUACUGGCACAAGCUACAGGUUAAAGGGCACGAGGAGGAGGGCGGCAGGCCAAAGCCAAUGGGCUCGGCAGUGGCCAGCUACCUGCGCAGAGAGUUCCUGAUGGUGCUGCACCAUGUCGUCAUGGUGACCAUCUGCUUCCCCGUCUCCGUGUUCUGGAGGCAGGGAAAGGGGGAUUACUUCCAGGGUGUCAUGUUUAUGGCUGAACUCAGCACUCCGUCCGUCUGCCUGGGGAAAAUCCUCAUCCAGUACAAGAAGCAGCACACUCUUCUUCAUAAAGUGAAUGGCGCUCUCAUGCUGGUCACUUUCUUCAUCUGUCGAGUUCUGCUCUUCCCCUACCUCUACUACGCCUACAGCAGGUAUGCCUCCAUCCCCCUCUACACAGUGCCCCUUGUGGCUCCCUGGCAGUGCAACGUGGGGGCCUUCUGCCUCAUGGCCCCACAGGUCUACUGGUUCACCCUCAUCUGCAGGGGCGCCUUCCGCCUCUUCACCGGGGCCUCGCGCUCCCGGCCCCCGGCCACCCUCAACAAGCCUGAUGGCUGCUGCCCCGGCCAGGGAGCCCCUUUACCUCCCCCGGCCAACGGCUACAGUCCCGUCCCCCACCAGGCAGACAGAGAGACCGACACACACUGA